AUGCUAAUAGCUUCCGCAUAUAUUGAGCCGGAUUCUGACGGCAAUAAUACUUUAGAGCACAUAGAUAAUUUUCUCCAAACCUCCCGAUGCCCCAAUACCAUUAUAGGUGGUGACUUCAAUGGAUGGCAUCACAUAUGGGGCAGUAAGACCAACAACCCCAGAGGAUGUGCGGUGGUGAAGCUGGCAUAUGCAAAUGACCUCUUUAUCUGCAAUGUCGACAGCUCACCCACUUUUGAAACCGUCACACACGACAGGGAUCGGACUUCUAUAAUAGAACUCACAUUGGCGCAUGGAUACAUAUAUGACCGUAUAGUCGGGUGGAAGGUCAACCUCAGCGCCUGCCCCUCGUCGCAACACAACGCUGUGGAAUACGAGAUUGAAAUUGGGAAUUCUUUCUCAAAUUCGUCAUCAAUAACCAACUCCAUAUUUAAAUAUAACAGUAACAAGGCCAAUCGGGGAAUAUUCAAGGAUGCACUUCACACGCUUAUGACCAAUACAUAUUAA